UUGUGGGAGAUAAAGUGCUUAAUCAGCGGAAAAGAUUAAAUAGAGUUGUGCGUAAAACUUAAAUCGUGCGUAAACGUGAUCUGAAAUUAACAGAACGUUCUCAGAAAUUGAUUUAAAUAGAAUCACGGACAAUGACAGUGAUAAACAGUGAUAUACAAAACAAAAGUGCAAUAAACUUCUGAAGUUUUCCUAUAGAAGUCCACUCAUGUGGUCCCCGAACUCCCCAGAGUAAAUAAAUAAAAACCAAGCAAGGAUUUUCUGGACAGCUGAUGGCCACGUGGUCAGCAUGGGCCUGCAGUGCAGAUUGCGCAGCACGCACAGCGUUCUGGCACGCGCUGGUCAUUUGCAUUUGUAUGGGAACUGUGAUAAUAGAGGGCUUCUGUGUGCACAAUGAGGCCGUUUUAUGGCCAGCCUCACAGAUGGCAUCAUCCACCUGCCCUUUCUCUUUGCUGCUUGGAGAGGGGACAGGGGGAGGGGCGCUUCACACUUUCUCUAUGUUGCUGCUGAAAUACUGUGACCAAAAGUCUAAAAAUGCAACAAUUAGUGCUAGGUAUUUGUUGAGUUUUCUGUUAGCAAAGUUUAUAGUUCUAAAAGAUGCAUUUUAAAAAGUUUGAAAGCUUGUUUAUGUGGCUGAAAUGAUCAAUACAUAGUUUUUUGUGAUUCCAAAAGGCACUAUAAGAAGCUCUUGUGCACUAGAGUUCUUAGACAUGCAUGCAAAAGGAUAAUUAUUGUUCAGGAAGAAUCUCUGCAAUCAGAAUAACCUGCUGUGUUUUCUGUGAUUUGCACAAAAGGGUGCUGCAGAGUGAUCAAACUUUUUUUUUUUAAUGAAGCUAUUUUUAGUUUCAGGCCAGGCUGCUGCACAGAGGGGGAGCGUGCGUGGCUCGAUGACCUCCAUCAAUCUGCCACGAGCCGGAGUGUGACAAUAGCAUUAUCAUACCAAUACACCAUUCAGCUUCAGCCAAUCAGGACGCAGCGCUUUCACUGCGCCGCACGAGCUGAAGAGUAUAAAAGACGGAGGCUCGAGGUUUGAAAGCACUCUGCUCCUUUUCGGAUUUACUCUCGAACACACUUGCUAAAGCUCUUUCCCUUUGCGGAAUAUCUUCAUCAUCUUCAUCAUGACUCUUGAGGAAGUUCUGAUCCAGAAACCCACCGAGCGUGCUCAGUGCACCGGCAAAGCCCUGGAGGAGGUCCUGGAGACCGCUAAAGACAACGACUCCCUCACCGUCGGUGUCUACGAGUGCGCAAAAGUUAUGAAUCUUGACCCGGACAGCGUGUCUUUCUGCGUCCUGGCCAUGGAUGAGGAGUUUGAGUGUGAUAUCGCUCUCCAGAUCCAUUUCACUCUCAUCCAGUCCUUCUGCUUUGACAACGACAUCAGCAUCGUCAGAGUGAGCGACAUGCAGCGUCUGGCUGAGAUUGUUGGCGACAAAGCGGAGCAGCUUGAAGAUGCUCACUGCGUCCUCAUCACGAACCCAGCUGAAGGUUCUUGGGAGGACCCCGCUCUGGAGAAACUGCACCUGUUCUGUGAGGAGAGCCGCCGUCUGAACGACUGGGUUCCUGAGAUCAGCCUGCCCGGGCGUUGAUCUGGGACUUGGCUCCUCUCUUGAACAGAUGCUGUGAAGCUCUUACCUGGAAAUACUCAUCCUGAUGAACAGGAUGACCCUGUUUCUUCUCAUCCCUGGAUACUCCUGAGGAGGAUUCCCGUCCAGGCAGCACGGCGCCGGCCCGAGGGGCCCCCGUGAACCGUCGCCUCUUGUCCAGUCCAUGCCAAGAUGACUCUCAUUCUUUAUGUGAAUGAGGUCAGGUAUGCCACAAGAGCGACACAUCGACCCUCAUUCUUUGUGCGGAUGAGGUUUGGAGAGGAAGGAGAUGCGAGUUCUGCGUCCUGUGGUUCCACAGAGCAAACGUCGCACGUUGAAGCACGCGCAGCAGGAGAAGAAGCGGUGCUGAGAAAGAGGCCUUCUUAAAAAGGGACUUUUUAAAAGUGUCCUCUUUGCUGAGCAACAUGACAACAGUUGCAAUCAGCGGAAAUGUUUCCCACUUUCCAGAAUUGUCUUAAUUCUCUAAAGGUUUCACUUUAGAAAUUUAACAAUGACAAAAAUAUUCUAAAACAUUUAAAAAAAAACUUUGAAAAAAUGUCUAUUCUCUAAAGGUUUCACUUUAGAAUAUGACUAAAUUAAGUUAAUGUUAAAAAUAUGAGAAAUUGUAAGAGUAUCUUAGAAACAUUUAAUUAUGUACUGAAGAACAGAAAUAUUUAAAAACUGAAGAUCUGAUUUAAGAUGUUCUGAUCCUGUCGAAACAAUGUUGGAAACAAACUAAUUUACAACUUUCUAUCAGUUUCACUUUAGAAAUGGUUGGAAAUUGUAAGUGGAAAAUGCUUAAUAAAAUACAAAAAUCAUAUUUUGGGCGUUGUGUGUCUUAACUUUCUCUUGGGUUUUAGAGUUGAGCUGUGUGUAUAUAUUGUGUGCCUGUGUGUGUGUGUUUGGAGGAGAUGGUGAGGGGUCAUAGAGGAUGGAGAG